AUGUCCGACCGACAGCGGUAUUACCGGUUAGUUAAGGAGGAGUCACUGGGUGACCGGAAGCCCUCAGAGCUUCUACGUCGAAUGCGUUCUCUCCUUGGAGACAUGCAGGUCGACGAUAAAUUUGUCAAGGAGAUGUUCCUAGAGCGUCUGCCCGCAGAUGUUCAAACGAUCCUUGCGUCCGGCUUUCAAGAUCUUACGGUCUUACAGCUGGCUGAGAUGGCGGAUCGAAUGAUAGAGGUGCAGCGGUUCCAGUCACCUUCCGUUGUCCAGAUCUCAUCCUCAUCGUCAGUGAAUGAAUUUUUAGUGAAACAGGUGUCGGCCAUGGCGGACGAGAUGGCCUCCCUUAAAAUACAGCUCGCCCGCCUUUCUUCCAGUCGCUCACGCAGCCGUCGUCGUUCUCGUUCGCAACCUCGGACUGUCGAUACUUGCUGGUAUCACACUAAUUUCGGCGAAAAGGCCCGUCGCUGUUCCUCGCCUUGCGCUUUUAAUCCGAAAUAGGGAAACCAGUCAGCCAGAGAAUAGAUGCGACCGUUUUCUCUGGCUCUUCCGGCUCUGGUCGCACCUUCUAUGUUUGUGACAUUGCGACUUUCAGACGUUUCCUGGUGGACACUGGAGCCCAAAUCAGCGUUGCUCCCCCCAACUGCAGCUGAUCGUCGUUUCCCUAGCCCUGGUCUUCACCUUCAAGCUGCCAACUGUUCCCCCAUUCCCACUUUUGGCAGUUUGUCCCUCACUCUGAACAUUGGCCUUCGUCGGUCAUUCACCUGGAUCUUUGUGAUUACUGAUGUCCCUCAUGUAAUCCUCGGCUCGGACUUUCUUGCCGAGUUCGAUCUCCUUGUUGACUGCCGACGUGCCCGUCUCAUCGACCGCACUACCGGUCUGUUUGUUCGUGGAAUAACUCCUUUUACUGCCCCCGCCAACUUAUCUGUCUUGGAUACGGAUAUUGCUACUGACACACCGAAAAACAUCAACCUCACCACUUUCAACACCAACGAUGUGGACUCUAUCCAUAUCUGUCCGCCUUGCGAUCGCACCUUCAUCUCACAUAUUGGCCUGGUCGGUCACUUGCGAAUCCCUCUCACAGAUACUAGCAAACCAACGCUGCAAUCCUCUCAGUUUGACAACGUUAAAGGUUAUCAAAACACUAGACCAUCUGGGAAAAGCUAUGUGCACGUGCUGCGAUCGAUAUCACGUUACAUGUUGAACGCGAUCGUUUUUAUCUCGCCAGGUGUGCAGGCCUCCCAUGGUCCAGGGAUUUCUUUACCGCGCUGACCGGGAUUUUGUGUCGAUGGGUGAAAAAUAGCGACAGUGAAAUUAGACGAAUGAGCUUCCAGGCACGAGUGCGUAAGUUGGCCAUUGGUUAGCUCACACUCCAGUUAUGCUUGAUUCUACUGUUCUGAAGGGAGAUCCUUACACUGUGUCUCCCAAAGGUCACAUGUGUCGUUGUGAUGGAGACCGAAGCGCAAAUUUAUGCCGGGGUCCUGAUUUCCUGGCGUCCUUAUUCUGGAACUAGAAGUCCGAAUAUGCAACAGUCCCCCGUGUUGAGUCGACGGGGACUACACGCCGUAAGUUAUUGGCUAAGGAGACAGAAGUUUACCCACAUAUGCGAGCGUUUACUAUUAAUCGACACUAACCAAUUCAGCAGUUCGGAUAUCUCACCACGCACUCACAUCGUUAACUCUACAUUACGAGAGAGAAAUCAUCUUGGUCACAUUUUAUGUGCUCUAAAAAGAGCAUACUUUGUCAAUCUUUGGUGCCACACCAAAAACUCUUUCCGUCACCAUCGUUUAUAAACGUUAACUCACCAGGAAAUAAACGCAAAAACUAGAUGGUUAAAAUUACAACUAAUAUGGGUAACGUUUUAAGCGUCAGCAACAGGUGAACUACCAACCUAUCAGCCAAGUUGGUGCUUUAAACUCUGUACUGGGUCACAUUGUUCGCGAUGUGAAAGACGGCCUUAUUGUUGAAAAAUCGGCCAAAUACGAGCGCUGGAACGAGCACUUUAAGCAUCCGGCAGAGUUUUAUCCCUCUUUACCCUGUCAUAACCAGCCCCGCCUAGCCCCAUCAAAAAUGGUGGGGCUAGAGGGGGCUAUGAAGGGGCUAGGCGGGGCUGUGGAAGGGGCUUUGGCGGGGCAUUCAACACGACAGCCCCGCCUGGCUGCACCAGCGAAAUAAAAUUCACAUGUACGCGGGAACAGCAGAGGAUCAAGUUUAUUAGCGCCAAAUGGCCAUGUGUUGAGGGGACCAAUUAGCCUUUGGGCCUGGUCAACCUAUAAUUUACCUUGCCAGCACCAGCCCCGCGUAACCCCCUCAAAUAUGGCCGGGCUAGAGGGGGCUAUGAAGGGGCUUGGCGGGGCUGUGGCGGGGAAUUCAACACGAUAGCCCCGCCUGGCCCCACCAACGAAAAAAAUGCGCAGGGGACGCCAGAUUUCCACCCACUUUUGGCACGCCUUUAAAAUAUCGACCCGUAUGAUGAGUACCCUGAGGCGCACACAGAUAAUACCUGCCGGCAGAAGUUACAGAACUCAGAAUAGGCAUUUCUCGUUCAGGGGAUUGAUUGCCAACUGCUGUCGACGUUGAGGGAACCUCAGAAUCAGACUCUUCAGUGGCCUCAUAAUAUGCUUUCAUCUGGUGCUUAAUGCGCAUGUAUAUGGUGGUUCGAUGAGAGCCACAGUAAUUACGCUUCAUUAUUGCUUUCGAUACUCAGUAAAAAAGGUAAAAAAAUUUGUAUAAGUGGACUAUGAACACCAAUCCUAACUAGUACAUACAUAGACAUACAAGUCGACUACUUGAACUGGUUUGUGAGUAAAUACCCAAACAAUUAGCAUAAGAUACAUAAAUCAACUAAGACACUUAUUAAGAGUAUGAAAGCAGCAUUGAUUGACGCACGAUAUUUUCCGCGACCCGUGGGCGUAAACGGAUGCUUUUGCCAUGAUUUAUAAGCCACUUUUGAGAAAUUAGCUCCUUUUUUAUGCCAAAGAAGGUACAAUGAGUGGUGCUUUCGAAACAUAACUUUCGAUGCAAAUGCGCUUCAAAUGUUUCAAUCCAGAGGGGGCUCUGACCCCACCCAGCCCCUUCCUAGCCCCGCCUAUGAAGGGGCCAUGUGCUGGCAGGGUAGCCUAGGAAGUGUCGUGCCUGAACCCACCUCAGGAAGAUGCCUUCUAUGCAAUACGGAGGCAGCAGAACAAAAAGGCGUUUUUGAGAGGGCGGUUAUCUUCCUAAAAUCUACAAUUCGUGUACUGUCACUAUGGCGUCCUGGCACCGGUAAAUGAUUGGGCGGCUUAUAAGUGCCGUCGCAGCAUGAGUCCAGUCGAGUUUGCUGCGAAGGCUUUCUUUGUUAUAAUUUUGAGGCGAUUUCAAUGUGAACGGGAAUAUGCGGGCGAGGCAGUCACGCUGGGACACAUUUUUGAAUUCAUCCAUGACUAGCAGCAAUCGACAGCUGCCUACUUUGUUUAGUCCGCCGCAACGCCCGAUUCAAUUAACUGCGAGUCCCUAUGAGGGGACUAGAUGGCAUGCCGACAAAAUCACCCCCAUAGUCAGAGCCUGUUAUCGAUCCAGCAGUACACAAGUCCUGGUCCAAAAUAAUCCCCUUCACCCAGUUGGUAUUAGAGCGAUCGUUCGAUAAGGCUGCAUAUUAUCGUUCAUUGUGCUCAAUUAGGCUAUUAACUGGAUUAUCAGAGGGAUAUCACAUGAUUUUGACAAUGCUUCUGCUUGUAGCUCCGUCAAUCCGGUAAAAUGUUAUCACUGAGCUCUUGGACGACCAGACCGGAGAUUUCACGUCCUUGUCAAUGUCAGCUGAAUCUCCUGGUGCUGAGAGAGUCCCUACCAAGAUUUCCGGUUUUGGCACUGUUGCAUUUGCACCCAAUCGCCGGAUUACCGAUCUCGGCCACAUCAACAAUACAGACUGGGAAUCAGCUUUUUCCGGAAAUAUAGUGGAGGACUGGAAAUGGUUCAGUGAAUUAUUGCAUGUUCUCCUGACGAACCCCUACCCGCUUUCACAGAAGAGGCUAGACAAUUGACCUUGGUGGCUGACUCAGGCGUUAAGAAACGAUGUAAGUAAAAAGCGCAGAUUGUGACAGAAAUCUCUCACCGAUGGGAAUCGUGUAUCCAUAAACGCAUACAAAGCACAGAGGAACUUAGUCAAGCUGUUUACCCUCAAGAUACGGCAAAAUUUUGAAAAAGGCCUAUUGAAUCGUGCUGUGGAAAAUCCGAAAUUAUUCUACAGCUACAUUAGAAGCAAUGCACAAAAUAGGGAUUCAGUCCACUUCCUGAAGACAAGCGAAGACGUAGAAAUUACUGAGAAUGGAGAAAAAGAUGAGCACCUUUCACGAUUUUUUGAAUCUAUCUUUAUGAGUGAAAGCACAUUUACUCCUCCCGACUACGACUUCGAUGAGGGUCCAAGAAUCGAGGCUGUAUCUUUUGAUGAGACGACUGUUCGAAAAGAGCUAAUGACGCUAAAUAAGUCGAAAUCACCAGGUCCAGACGACAUACCACCUAAGUUGCUGAAGGAGCUCGCUGCUGAACUAGCCAAACUACUGUCCAUGCUUUUCAAAGCCUCGUUCGAAGCCAGCUGUUUACCCGCCGACUGGAAAUCUGCGCGGAUCACACCGCUGUAUACAGGAGGCAGCAAGGCCUCCGCAAACAAUUACAGACCAACUAGCCUCACCUCCAUCUGCAGCAAAAUCAAGGAAAAAAUGAUUAAGCGAGAGCCAAUGUACUUCCUAGAGUAGCAUACUCUAUUAUCUGAUGCGCAGUAUGGGUUCCGUAUUGGCAGGUCUUGCGUGACUAACUUACUCUACUGUUUGGAACGUUGGACUCGGUCGGUGGAUGAAGCCAAUGCGCUGCAUGUAGUCUGUAUUGACUUUAAAAAGGCCUUUGUUAGUGGCCCACAUCAACGACUCCUGCACAGACUGAACCGAAAAGGCGUUAAGGCUAACCUCUUAAAAUGGAUCCAAAGCUUCCUAUUAGACCGUUCUCAGACUGUCCAUGUCGGUGGCCAGCAGUCGACGGAGGUUGCCGUUGAAAGCGGUGUUUUCCAAGGCUCAGUUCUUGGUCCUACUCCGUUCAUUAUUUACAUCAACGAUUUCGUUAGUGAACUGGACUCUGGUGCCGCCAUGUUCACGGAUGAUAGUAAGCUCUGGAGCGUCAUCCGAACUGCGGGCUCCAACAGUGGUCAAAAAACUGGUUUUUGCCGUUCAGUGAGAACAAGUGCAAUAUUCGACGAGUCGGCAUAGCCCGCUCUCCGAACCACAUGGUUUACUGUCUGAAUGGUAUACCACUGCAAGAAGUGGACCCGCAGAAGGACUUGGGAAUAUGGAUUACGACCUCGCUCAAACCCUCGCUGAACUGCACGAAGGUAGCCAAGUCUGCAAUGUCACUUGUCUACCUUGUCAAGCGGGCUUUCUCUGUCUUUUAUGAAGACUGCUUCGCUAAAAUCUUUCGAACUUUUGUGCGGCCGCAACUAGAAUUCGAUAUCCAAGCUUGGAGACCCUGGACGGCAAAGGACUUCAGCAUCCUCAAAAGGGUUCAAAGGCAUGCAACGAAACUUGUUACAGGACAGGGUUCACUACCAUAUGCAACGCGGGUCGCUAACCUUGAUCUCUUUCCGUUGAGUUACAGGCAGUUACGGGGUGACCUGAUACAGACCUUCCGUAUCAUACGCAGUCAGGACUGCAGCCUCGUACCGGCGGACUUCUUCAAGUUAUCAACCACCACAAACCUACGAGGUCAUCCAUUCAAACUACGUGUGACCGUGGCCAGGCUGGACACACGAAAGUUCUUCUCUAACAGAGUGCUUGAAGCUUGGAACGCCCUACCUCCGGAUGUAUUUAUGUCUACUUCCGUCGAGGUCGUUAAGUGGAGGCUGGAUUUGUAUAGCAGUGUCCACUAAAUGACCACCCGACGUCUGCAACCUUGGCAAACACCGUUGUUACAAUACUACUCGCUAUACUUCAGUAACAUUUUAAAUUUAACUUUUAUUGUCUCCAAUCCAUCGCCUACGCUUACUGGCAUGAACCUGUGCAUUUUUUGUCACUGGGGGUAUUAUUUUUUUCCCUGAACUCAAAACGACCACUGUACUACUGAUCGUACCACUAACACUCGAGACAAUUUGUUUUUCUGUACAGAGUUGACGCUUUUCCGAUUAUUUGUUACCUUUAUGAUACCUUUUCCAGUUUUUGAGGUCUUGCAGUUGCUUGAAAACAAAUAGGGAGUUCAAAAGUGAAGACCUACAUUUCCCUCAAUAAAACUGAACAAAACUGAAUGUCGAAAAAUAUGGGCGGGGAGGGCAUGCAGUAUUGGCACAAUGCAUGUUAUGAUAUUCUAUAUUAAAAACUAGUUAAUGGGCGUUAGCGGACUGGACACCAUGAAAAUAAAAUCACUUUCAGUAGUAUAGGAUGUUCGUGGUGAUUUUUAAGAGUGUAGAUAAUGUGACAAGGCAGGCCAAGUACUUCAUUGAGGUCGUUUGCUCACCUUCUAGACAUAGGAUUGGUCUCUGGAAUGAAAAUUUUAACGCAAACACGCCUUCUAUUUCGGGGUGGACCUCUGUUAGGUAAUGUUUUCCAAUGUAAAGGUCGGUUCGUGCGUUUGGUUGCGUUAAAUGCAUCCGAGUUAGACCACUGUGUAAAUAUUUUGUUUGAAGAGUUUGAGGUUCCAAGCCUAGAUACUACCUACAGAAUUAGCUCUGAAACAGUCCACAUUUCUAUCAGGCAUGAUAUUCUACUUUUUUUGCCUUCCACCCCUCUCUCUACUCACUUUUGCCAAUUAUUAUUGCUGUAUUUAUUACGGCAUGGCGCACUCACUUCGUACGCGUAGAAUUAAGUCGGCUAUCGCGCCCAUAUUUCCCUUGUCAGUUCUUAAUAAAAUAUUACUAUUGUGAAACUUGUACAGCUAGGAGACGAUAUCAUCUCAGGUAGCAGAUAAACGUAGAAGAAAACGUUUCUAGGAGGAAUGAGUAGAGAACGAUUGGAGAUGGUGAGCAUAUAGGGGAUGGGAUGCCUAAGCUUGAGCAACAGCAGGUAGUGGUCAUCUCAAGCAAACGGAAUUAUUCAACAUGUGGGAGCUUGUAACAACCUAUUAGCCUUGAACAUUCAGUCCCACAACCAUUCACAACACGUCCAUUUGCACUGUUUGCAAUCCAGAGAUAAAAGGAUACUCUUGAUGGAAGAGUCCCUUAUUCUGCCUCUUAAGUCACAGAAAUUCUGGAAUCGAUUAUUACCCUGCCAGCACUAGCCCAACCCAGCCCAGUCCGGCCCAACUGGUCUACGGUUGGGUUACAAGGUCGGGCCACGAUGUGGCAAGGGCGGAUGUGGCCCGAUUGGCCCAAUCAAAUGGCCAUAACCAUUUGUCAAGAAGGAAUCUGGAACGCAGAUGAUAAACAAAGAGUUUUUCAUGAGAGAGCUGAUGGUCACUAACUAAGGGCAAAUAAAAUGGGGUAACAAUACCAUAGUUUUGUUCUAAAAUCUGGAUUUACGAAAAUAGAACAUCAUACUUACAUAUAUGUAAGUCGAUAUGCGUAAAUAUUCGAGGUCCAGACAUUGUAUCGUGUUCAUCAUCUCCCGAAGAAGACAAAGAAGAAGAGAGGGCGAAUACAUGGACCAUAUUGUAUUCGAACUGACGUUUCGGAAACUUUCUCGUUUCCAUCAUCAGACAGCGUAAUUGUUGCACUUGCCGGUCUUGAGUUGUUCAGUCUUGCCGCUUGCCUCGUAAUAUAGCCGUGCUCGACGCACGAGCUUUGACCUGCCUGUUUGCCACUGACUGGCUUAGACCUCUCCGGGGCUGACCGCUGACAGGCCUGCGUGACCUUUGUUCCCUUUGGGAUCGACGUAAUUGCGGUCAAAUCAACGUGCCGCUUGGCCUCUCCCACGUUAGCCGGUGGACCGAUCGGUUGCUGCUGUUCAGGUGAGCAGCAUUCAGCUUCGCGGGCGCAUCGGUGAGACAGUGUUCGGCUUCGGUCACAUGACCCCUGACCCCCAAUUCCGCUCUUUUCUGUGAGCGUUGACUCUCGGUCCCGCGUGCCCGCUUGCCUAACUGGUCCUGUCCGGACUGAUCCGAGCCUUGUACAAAGCGCCUGGUAGGUGGGAUGUAGAUCUAUAGCUCGAGUGGGUGUACCAGUCGUGGACCAACUUUCGAGCACCAGUCUGGCCAUUUUCCCAUUGGCUUGACGAAUUACCCUCGCUUUCUCAAAGGCAAAAUCGUGGUUCAGUUGUCUUAUGAGGCCAUAGACCAAAGACAGCUAGUCCUUACGGUUGAUUGCAAGUUGGUAUUCGUGAAAUCUUGCACCGAGGCGUUUGCCCGUUUCACCAAAAUACCUCGCAUUACAAUUUAGGCAUGAUAUGCUGUAGACCACCGCCGACUGUUCUGUUAUUGGUAGCGGGUCUUUGGGCUUCAUGAUUUGCUGUCUGAUGGUGCAUUCUGGUAUAUGAGCCAUGCCAAUCCCAAGAGGCUUCAAAAUUCUUGCCGUUGUCUCUGAUACUUUCUUUGCAUAGGGUAUUGAGAGCCAGAACUUGGGCUUUUCUCCACUCGACCGCUCAAAAUGCAGCUUUUUGGGGCAAUUGUGUAUGGAGGACUUCGGGUAGCCGUUGGCUUUAAAAAGGGAGACGAUUAACGCGAUAUAAGUAAGUAUGAUGUUUCGCUACUUUAUAAAGUAGCGAAGUGUGAAAGUACUCAAAACGGCAAAAACACAAACAGUCACGACUGCGACGCAUCUGAUCAGGAAAUUAUUGAACAAUUUACGCACACCAACAAUAAAUGCGACUUGUGAAUGGAAAAUCUUAGAUUUCUGCUGGAAUAUAAUCAAUCCUACAGCAGCAUUGAAGUUAUCCUUCCUAACAGAGAACGCAUUUGGAUAACAUCUGUUACGACCGGUCACUGACUGCACAUGUUGAGGAAUAUUAGCCACUAGGAUGCCCGAGACCAGACCGCCAAUAACAACUGCAACUGAAAUUUAUCUAGGGAACAAAAGUAGUCCUAUUUCGAGACGCCGUGCAGAAUAGCGUUAAGAGGCACAGAAUUAAUAUGCUGUAGCAGCUAUUAAUGAGCUGUUUGGCUGAGAUAGUGGAAGUACGCAACAACCACAAUCUCAGGACCAAGUUGUCUUGAGGAAAGGGGUUGAUGAGCAAUCGCAGCAAAUGCGUUCCGUGUGGGACUCCCCACUAGUACAUGCCCGUCAGUCAGAGCUGUGCAGGAGUAGCGAACUCCUGACAAAGCCCGUCACAGUUACAUGUGGUAAAUCGAGAGACGAAUUGGCUCCCUGCCGUGCUUGACUGUCCUUGUGAAUGCAGAACUCGCACAAGUGGUGACUGCAUGACUCAGACGUGCUAUGGCGCAAAAGAUUUUGGUAGCAGUCUGGUCUACAAAAUAAGUGGAAGAUAUGUGACGAAUAUAAGGGUGAAUAAGGCGUAAGGGUGCUCGAGAACAAUAACGGAUAAACAAGUACUGGACUUGAAUGUCCUCCCCGCUGCUUCGUGCUCAGUCAUACGCGUACGGAGUAAUCUCGCGAUUUCUCGGACGUAGUUGCUUAGUCCGUAACUUUACCAGAUCCGGCAAACGACUCCAGGCGUUUCCUGUCGUGGCAGCGAGUCCUUCGGCCUCAUGGCGUGGUGCCUGAUUGUUGGCUUCGGCCUGUCUGCAACCCAAACUCCGAGUGGAUUGAGAAGGCGGCUGUUGGCUUCCGAGACGUUCCUCACGUAUGGAAUAGCUCGCCAAAAUUAAGGGGCGGUUGGAUUUUGUCUCUGGUCUCGUUUGCGUAUGCACUGGUUGCCAAAGUUGCGCGGAUAGCCAUUGGCUACCCGUACCCGUCGGAGAUAUUGUAAUUAAGCAAGUCCUCUUCUCUUUCACUCUAAUGCGUCUCAAUGCGCCGGUAUAGGCCUUUACGUAAUUGGUCAAACCAUGGAAUGCCCUUCCCGCAGAUGUUGUGAUGUCACCAUCAAUACAAAGUUUUAAAAAGAACCUUGAAAUAUUUAUGUUCCGAAAUGACCAAGAGCGAUGAGAAGUCGAGCUCACCCGCUGUAAAUCUUUUUCACUUUGUCCUACUAUUAUGGGCUCGUUUGAACUAUCUUAUUCCAGGACGUUUAUCUGUAUACCACACACAUUCGCGUUGUAAAUAGGGUACUCAAAGGCUUACGCCUAUAGCCCUCAAUAAACUAAACUGAACUACAGACAACCUCAUGUUCCUGUUGGCACGUGCCCAUUUAAGGGGGGCACGAUGGGGCCAGGUGUGGUGGACAACCCUCCUAUUUUGGGCAGUUUACAGGAAUCUUACAGAAACAAAUUCACGUGCGCACGACUGCAUUUUGCGGCUUAUAGUAUAUUCCAAUGAAAAUGUGAAAUACUACCUACGGGUGUCGUAAGCGUUUACCUCGCCGACUUCGGAAAAGUGCUGCUGCACGCAUGAACGGACUGCGCUGGUUAGUAUAAGUCGUUAGACUAUACCUUUGUUGCAAAAGCUGACAAUUAACAAUCGAAGUCCUGAUUUUACGUAUCUUCAAUUGUUGAAUUAAAAACGGAAUGCAGGAAAAACUGGCCGACCUGUGGAGAUGCCGGGGAUCGAACCCGGGGCCUCUCGCAUGCGAAGCGAGCGCUCUACCACUGAGCUACAUCCCCACAAGUGCGCCCGACAAAUAUUAUCAAUAAGAUUUAUUUAUACUCUAUUCAUAGCAUUAAAUAUGAUGUUUUCCAGUUAACGUUAUGCGUUUUAAUUCACUCAACCCCACUAGUUCCUUCCAUUUCACCAUAAGGACUACAUGCGCGGACUUUUGGGCAUUCGCUUCGUAUCAACAACGGAAUACUCUACUGUUUAAAAUUCACCGUGUAUGUACGAAGCCAAUACAGUUAGCAAAAAAAUAACAGAAUUAAACUAAAAGAAAUCUGAGAUGGCCUUACGCUUGACACCUUGAUCAUUACAGCUCACUUUACUGAAUUGAUUAUGAACAUUAGAAUUUUUACGGGUCAUAUUGAUUUUACCUACAGACCCACCACUCUGGUGAAAAUACUGCACUAUUGUAAUACUCGGCCGCCCCUAUGUCUCCGCUUCUGCUGGGAUGGCCCAAGAGAUAAGCAGGCCUUCGUCGGCAGCCUCCUUUAUGGCGUUGUUAUUGGUAGGUUAUAUAUUUAAGUUUACUUGUUCAGUUGCAAUUCGUGAACACGCCACCUUCUCCAAUUGCGCCGUAGACACAGUUCGCAAGAGCACAACUGGUUGGUUCCACGGGGCGCGACUCAGAUACGGUGGCAUAUCAAAACGCGGAGACAAUAACACGAAGGUAAAUUAAUUGACUUGUGUCGUUGUAACCUACUUUCAACUUCCCUUAGGCACCUGUAGAGCCGAAACAUAUCAAACAUAGUCCCCUUCCGAAGACACUGUAAGUACGCGUUUCUAUAUAUCUUUAAAACGAGCAAUAAUCACAGUGACAGUGGGCCAAUUAGCCGAGCAAUCGUCAUACCAGCAUCCGGCACGGAUGACAAAACCACGGCAAUUGACGACUCGGACUCGGACCGACAAGCCACCACCACAUCAAUUAUGACCCCAGCGGUGAUUGCGAGAACUGUUAAUUGCAGUGCGCAUACGGUCCACGGCAGCCACUUGCUAUAAAUACUGCACGCCUGGUGCCUGGGCAGACUCGAUUCCCACAAUAGAUGUCUUAAGCGUUGACAAACAAAAAUUACCUGGCGCAGAAGCUAUCUCGCCUAAGCCUCUUGGCGUAAAUGACGGGAAUUCUCUUCUGCCUGGAGACGAUAUACCUGGGUCAUCCAGUCUACUGUUGCCCUCUUUUUCUCUCAACCACCCCGAGCGCACUAUAGAGCACGUAUCUGAAUGCGAAGACACGAACACGUGGGUAGAGGGGAGAGGGAAACGCCAUGACAAGAGUCUGAAGUCACAGCAAGACCUGAUGGGUUGCUCCGGACAUUCGUAGACAGCAAAAGUGUGCGUCUAAACGACGACUCCGUAAAUCGUCCUCGCUCACAUGCAGUGAAUUCACCGGAAAGACAAAUUAAGUAGGACCAUACUCACCAGCAGUGUCUGGUUAUUCAGGGUUUGUCGGAUUCCAAUGCAGUUAGACCUGAAGACCGUGUCUCGGAGGACCUUGCUUCUUUUCAUGGUCCACUAAGUCAGUUACUCCAGGCAGACAUUGAAAUAAAGGUUCUGAAGGCCUUCCGGAUAGGAAAACGGAGUGAAGAUAGGACAGCAGCACAACCACCUCGCCCUCUAAAAAUUAUGCUGAAGAACAAAGAGCAAGUCAAUUUGAUCCUCUCUUAAAAAACGACCUCAGAAACAUACACAAACAGGUUUUUUCAACCGGACUAUUCGCCAGCAGAACGGCUGAAACGCCGGGAACUUGUCUUGGAGUUAAAAUCAAGACUGAAGGAUGGCGAACACAAUCUGGCUAUCUUCAAGGGGAAGGUAGUUCGGAAAUAUAUGCCGUUUCAGUGGAACCAGCCUAUAAUACUAAGAACGACGGCAGCUAUUCAGCUAACACAGAUAGCUUCGUUUAACCACCUGCUCAAGGUGGCAACACAAGUAAGCGCGUAAUGUCCAGUGAUCUGACUGAAGCAACGCAUAUAAAUGGAACCCCUCAGCUCAGAGAACAUGGCGUUCGAGAUAACGGAGUAAUGCUCAAAACAGUAACAAAUGCAACGGGAAAGUCGGCUGGUGCAAAACUGAGGUGCUUGUACACGAAUGCCAAAGGCCUCAUAUCGAAACUAGACGAGCUAAAACCUUGCCUUGCCGAGCUGUCUCCAAAUGUUUAAGUAGUAACCGAGACCUGGCUGUCCGGAAAUACUAGCGAUAGCAAAGUAGCCUUGCCUGGAUACCAAAUUAAUCGGAUGGACAGGGAACAUCGUCAGGGCGGUGGUAUAGUUGUCUAUGUAAAUGAAGGCCUGACAGUGUCGGAAAACACCACCAAGUUUGCGUGCGGCACGGAAGCUAUUUGAUUGGCCAUCAAGGCUACCGGUUCCCCAUGUCUCCAUGUCCUCACUGUCUACCGACCACCUAGGACAGACCAAAUCGCAGACAUGCAACUAUUGGAGCAGUUGGAGAAAUUUUCCAGUCGACCUAACGUCACGAUCAUGGGCGACUUCAACGUACCAGGAACAAACUGGAAUACCCUCCAAGCGUCAGGUACAAAAUCGUCAUUCGAUUGCCGUCUGCUGAACAAAAACAUUUAAGGCGUCCCUCACGCAACAUGUAAUGCUCCCAACGAGAACACGUGAAGGACAAAGGGCAAACUGCCUUGAUCAGCUUUUUACGAAAACACCAGACAGCAUAGACGAGAUCACCUCCAUGCCGCCUCUUGGCCGAAGUGAUCACGUGGUGCUUAUGUGGGAUUAUUCGUUAUUCUCCAUUUCGCAUUCUCCAGACCAAAAAAGACGGAAUGUUUGGCGAGGCGACUUCAAUCAGAUGAGGAAAGACUUAUCCAGUCUACUGUACGCCAUCAAGCGAGCGUAUAUGGACUUUGACGAAGAUACUUUCUCAAGGACAUUCGAAACAUUCGUCCGGCCGCAUUUAGAGUACGGCAUGCGAGGCUGGAGACCGUGGGCGGUUGAGGAUCAAAACUGCCUCAAAAGAGUCCAGAGGAGAGCCACGAAGAUAAUUAGGGGUCAAAGCUCCUUUCCUUAUGCAACCCGUCUAGUUAAUCUAAACCUCCUUCCUUUGAGUUACAGACAACUUCGCGGGGAUCUUUUGCAAGCCUUCCGCCUCGUAAAGGGGUUGGAUUGCAGUCCGGCCUCCGAGGGCAUUUUUGAAUUUGCUACAACGACCAACCUCCGAGGUCACCCGUUAAAACUGCGUACUCAGCAGGCAAGGCUGGAUGUGCGGAAGUUCUUCUUCUCUGUUCGAGUGGUCAAGCCGUGCAAUGCCCUCCCCGCAGAUGUUGUGAUGUCACCAUCUAUACAAAGUUUUAAAAAGAAUCUCGACAUAUUUAUGUUCCGAAAUGACCAAGAGCGAUGAUAAUUGGAGCUCACCCCCUGUAAGUCGUUCUCUUUUUGUCCUACCAUUAUGGGCGUGUUUGAACUGUUUCAGGCCAGAACAUUUAUCUGUAUAUCACACAUUUCUUACGUUGCAAAUAGGGUACUCAAAGGCUUACGCCUAUUUCCCUCAAUUAACUGAACUAAACUGAAAAAAAUUCUUUCCACCUAAUGACAACCUCACAAAUUACUUCGGCUUUUACGCCUCUCCAACUGAAUCUCCAUUUGGGUACAAUUACCACCUAGUUAACCCACCUCCCCAUAUGUACACUCAAUCCAUAAACACUAACCCAUGCACUCAAAUUUCGCCAUAUGCAUUACCAUAUCCUCCAUGAACCACCUACUUACCGCCAUGUAGUCCAUCACUCAAUCAAAGUACCCUCAGAAAUUCUUUUUUCACCACAGCCCACCUCUUUCAUAUCCGGCAUCCUAAAGAUAGCUCUUAUAAAUUCGAGAUCGAUUGUCAAUAAAAUACCCCAACUUAGAACUUUUGUUGAAAUAUAUAACCCCGAUAUAAUUUGCAUCACAGAAACAUGGGCGAAUGAACUUAUAUCGAAUGCUUCGCUAUAUAUCCCAAAUUAUAAUUUCUAUCGACAGGAGCGUGUUAGUAAACGAGGCGGAGGUUUUCUUGUCUACAUCAAAACUAGCAUUGAACAAAGUGGUAUUGACGUCCCAACUGAAACCUUCGCUGGAGAAGCGUGUUUUGCCAUAAUAAAAUCUCAUGCCCAGGAAAACAUACUAGUCGGAUGCCUCUACUCCCCUCUAGAAUGUUGUUAUGAUGACACAAGUCUCAUCCACUUAGUAAACGAUGUAGCUAACAUGAAAACUGAAUAUAAGGUAAUCGCAGGCGGCCUAAACCGCCUAGAAAUAAACUGAGUCGAAGUAUCGUCACCUACCAGGCACGAAGAACUGUUAUCUUCAACUAUCUUUAAUAACUGGACACAAAUAGUUGACGAACCCACCCGAGGAAACAAUAUAUUAGGCGUUAUUUUCACCAACGGCAUCUGGCCCCUCCAUAUGCACUACGACUGCGUAACCUCUGAAAGUGACCACAAAGCCAUAAUAUCAACACUCCCCUUAAAUGCAAAACUAGCACCCCAUUUUAGUAACACCCGCCUAAACCUAAAAAAACUUGACAAAGACUCCAUGAACAACUAUAUUAGGUCAUUGGACUGGAGCUCAUAUCUUCUAACAACAUUCCCUAUGGAAGCAGUUACCCUAUUGUACUCUUCUCUAUUUAUAAUUCGACACACCUUGAUAGACGAAAGACUCCCGUAUAAGAAACCACUACUCCCACAAUUCCUUUCAACUAAGCUAAAAAACUAAAAAACAGCUAUACAACACCUCUGUUAGUUAUUUAUCUACACUUCGACGAAUUAGGGAAAUUCAAAACCUAGUUACGAAAAUGGGAACGCAAAACACCAUAGCAGCAGAACAUCGGGCAUUAGAAUCCCCUGGACGAACAGCUCAGCUGUUCAAGAAACAAAUGAAUAAUCAUCGACAGUCAGGACCACGAACUAUUAUUGAUGAAUUAGGACAAGUUAUAACAAAUGACAACCAAAUAGUAAAUGCAUUCAACAAAUACUUCUCAACUAACUAUACAGUCGAGGAGGGAGUGACCCCCCAACUGACCGAAAUGACAGAACGCAUCCUUAGUGAGAUCCGUUUUAGUGAAUAACCUGUUAAAAUAGCCAUUAAACAACUAUCCAACGCUAACUCUUGUGGGACGAACAAAAUCGCCCCAUGUAUUCUGAAGCAUAUGACACAUGCUCCAAUAGUCCUAUCGAAGUUAUUUACCCUAUUCCAGUCAAAUGCAUUUUUUCCGGACAUGUGGAAAUACUCGACCAUUGCACCAUUUUACCUAAAAAGUCGUGUCAGUCCUGCCACUUAACUUUUUUGGAAUUCAUUUCCAGCAAUAGAGAUGAUGGAAACACAGUAGCUUCAAUAUACUUCGAUCUAAAAAGGCCUUUGACAAAGUCCCCCAUAAAAGACUACUGGUAAAGCUCAUAAGUCAUGGAAUUAGGCCGCCCCUUCUCGAUUUUCUUAAAUCCUAUCUUCAAAACCGAUACCAGGUGGUGCAAAUUUGAAAUGUAGUCUCAGAACCAUCCCCUAUUACCAGUGGAGUACUUCAAGGCACUAUCCCAGACCCCCUUCUAUUUCUCAUCUAUAUUCACGACUUGUCGGCCAUAUCAGUAUCAGCUAAGACGUUUUGAUAUGCAGACGACCUUCAACUUGCAUAUGUAUAUAACGGGAACGCAGUUGCCAAUAUGCACAGAACAAUUGAAACUGACCUCAGAGAACUUGGCGAAUGGAGUAGUCAAUGGCAGAUGCCCUUUUCACCCGAAAAAUUUCAUCUCCUGAUCUUUGGCCCACAAAAACAUCCGCCCAAAAGUUUCGAGGAUAAUGAAAUAACAGAGGCCCAAUCGGUUAAAGAUUUAGGUCUCAGCUAUACAAAUACCCUCGAUUUAUCUCCCCACGUCCGACAAAUAUCACCGAAAGCCACUCGCCUAUGUGGAUUCGUAUGUAAAAAUUUCACCUUAAAUGCACUAUGAAUACAACUUUCCAAAAUGCACGUUUUACCUCUCCCAAAUUAUUGCUCAAUUAUCUUCGGUAUAAUGCCCUCAGACGGCCGAAAGAAACUAUAAGGCAUUCAGAGACGUUUUACUCGAUCUUUGUCCAGAAGUGAUAACACCCAGGGUUCGUACUUAGAACUGUAUUAUAAAUAUGGUCUUCGACCACUCUGGGUCAGAAGACUCCAAAAUGGUCUCAACUUCCUAUUCAAGGUCACCCAUUACCAAGAUAUUUUCAAAAUGAAUUUACUAACAAACCAAAACGCCCCCAGAAAAACCAGAAAUAACGAACAUAUUAUAAGGAUCCCCAAAUUCACAAAUUCCCAACAGUCGAAUUUCUACACCAUAAUAUGCCACUAUCUGGAAUGCUCUUCCAAGUUCUAUCCGGAAAAACCGAACCCUAAUCGAGUUUAAGAUAAAAACUAAGAAAUUCCUUUCAAAUAACAAUAUGCAUUUAUUUUUGAAUAAAACAGGACACUUUUCAAGUCAAUUCUUUAAUAAAGAAUUUGGUCCGAAAGGGCUCUGAUGAUACCAACCGUUUGUAUAAUAAUAAUAAUAAUAAUAAUAAUAAUAAUAAUUUAUUAAAUGCCAGUUUACAGGCAUUGUCAAGGGAAGCGAUUAAACACGAAUCCGAACAGCAGUGAAAAAAAACUCCUGAGGUAAAGGAACAAAAAUAUACUUGAUGGUGGUUUUUGAUGUCAUCUCCCGCAUUCCGACCUCAUGCGGUCUGUCGACGCUCACGGCGGAACCCUCAGUAUUCACUGUCUACUAGUAGUUCGGUCGUACCUCCCUUCCCCACUGCUCGGCUGAGCUCGAAGCGUGCUGUUGCCGAUCGCAUCUGGGUUCCUCUCGUCUGCCCUCUUUGACGCGGCGUAUCAAUCCGGCCCAGACGAUCUCAAUUGUGAAUCCCGUAUACAAUGCCAUAUGCAAGCCAGUCCUGUCUGACCCACAUUCGUAUCCCUCAAGGCUGAGAUUUAUUGCUACCCUGACGAUGACCGACAACAUUCCGUUAUAUGCCGCCACCUACAGGCCAGUCCUGCUCGCUUUUUUCUGCCAUUAUUUUUAUUGAGGGUUUUUUUCUCCUGUAAAAUUAAUCCAAUCAUUUUUAACUUUUUGUAAGGAGUUUUUUCACCCCUCAAUUAUCAUGUUUCUCAAUGGUCUUCUAAUUCAGAAACUAUGAAUUGCAUUUUGUAAAGAUUCGGCCUACCUCGUCUAAAACUCGCAUGCAAAUUUAUUUUAACUUGCUUUGAUGGGACCCCGACGUGUCUUUAAUAAAAAUUAUCUAUCUAUCUAUGGUUUGGAGGGUUCAGGAGAAAAAACUGCUGGUGGUAGACUUUCAACCGUCAAGAGGGGGGGGGUUGCACGGCAUCGGAGAUCAUCGGACGUCAAUUCCUUUCAUGAAGUUGGGGAUAGUCAAAGUAGAGGCGUUGAGGAACAUCUGGUGAGACCGGCCAUAGUGUUCAGAGACCACAAACGUCAUCGCUACGGCAGAGUCGAUCAGUGGAUUCAGCACCCAAAAUUUGUGGGAACUUUUCUGAAUGCAAAAAUCGAGUAAUAGUUCUCUUAAGUAAAGGAUAAUUUUGCAGAGUUUUCACACUCAUAGGUAGUUUAUUCCAAAUCGCAAUUGCAUUUACAGAAUAGAACAGACGAUAUUUAAAAGUACGUGCCAGAGGCAGAAAUAAAAAGACCUCAUGGUGACUGUUACGUCGUGGGUGGAUACGAUGUCCUAAAGAGGUGAGUGGGUUAAAUGUGUGAUUAUAUAAGAGUUUAAAUGGCAAAAAUAGUCAAUUUUGUAAUCUACGAAACCAUAGAGGAUCAAGGCCUGUAAGCCGGCAACGUCCUUGGUAAGACAAAUGUCGGUGUUCUGGGGUUGAAAUUCUCUUGGUAAAAAAGUGUUGAACGGAUUCUAUUUUCUUCCGCUCAGUAGCACGCAUGAGGCUAAAUGAAAACGAACAGUAUUUCAUGUAAGGUAUAACAUACAUGUUGUAAAGGCGCAUUCUAAUGUCCCUAGUUUUAAAGUUUCGGAGGACAAACCCGGUCGUUCUACGUGCUUUGGAGACUAUCAAGGCACAGUGCUCCGAGAGAUUGAAACUCUUGGAGUAUGAUACGCCCAGAUCCUUAAUAACCCCAGGCACAUUUAUGGCGUGACCUUCAAUACUUAGUUGAGGUUGGCGGUCGUCGCCAACAACCAUGACUGAGCACUUAUGCUAAGAAAGAGAAAGGCGCCAUGUGCGGCACCACUGGGCGAAAGCCUGUAGAUCGCUCUUUAGGAGCUCGAACACUAUGUCACUAUCUGCCGGCUUAUAUCGAUAUGCAACUUUAAGAUCAUUGGCAUACAUGAAAGGCUUACCAUUCUGAAAUAAAUCGGGUACAUCAUUAACGUAAAGGCGACAUAAAAGCGGGCCGAGUAAACCUCCCUGAAUGACUCCACUCCCACGCGUGUGGGGUUGGAGAUGGUAUUGGAAAUCUUAACUCGCUGUGUACGAGUGCCCAGGCAAGAGGAUAUAAAAUUCAAAAGUUUGUUACCUAUUCCGAAAGAGGGUAGUUUCAAGAGAAAAAGUGCAUGGUCAACACGAUCAAAAGCCUUAGUGAAAUCGAAAUAUACUGUGUAAAGUGCAAAACCAUUGUCCCUAGAUUGGAGAACAUAGUCAAAGAAAGAGAGUUGACAGGUGUCACAAGAUCGAGCUUUGAGCAAUCCAUGCUGAGCAGCACUCAGCAAGUUAGUCACUGUUAAGUGACACAUCAUCUUAUCUUUGAUCAAUGUCUCUAAGAUCUUCGAAACUGCGGGGAGUGUGUUUAUUGGCCGAAAGCCAUCAAAUGAUGUAGAUUUGCCAUGCUUAGGAAUGAGCAAAAUAUGUGAUUCCUUCCAUAAGGUAGGAUAAGUUUCACCUUCAAGAGCGAGAUUAAAUAUCUUGCAUAAGAGAGAUGGGAAAAUCGCAUUUGCAUCGGCCUUCAAAAUGCCUACUGGGACACCAUCGGGGCCUGGACUAUAAGAUUGACGAAAACGCCGAAUCACAACAGUCACAUCCCACAGAGUGAAAGUUAUAAUUUCUAGAACUGCCCCGGUCAAUGACUGGAUGGUCGGAAGCGGAGUGGUCGAGUCUUUAAUGAACGUUUUGGACAGGAAAUCAUUGAAGCUAUCAGCGAUUAACUGGGCAUCAACGAUGGGCUUUCCGAGAGCGUCUCGGAGGAUGGGAUGCUGCGUCUUUCUAUGAGUUCGUAUUUUUCUAGAGAAAAGUUGAGACAUUUAACGAAUGGCUUUCGGUAAACUGGACCUCUUCGGCUAGCUGUUUUUCUUCAGACAAUCUCUUAGCUCGAUCAAAAAUAUCACAAAUCAAGGGCAGAACAGAGACAUCGUUCUGAAGAUGGAAACGAUGAUAAAGCCUGCGCAGUCUGCGACGAAAGGGUAAGGGUAGGAAAACCUCAUCCCUAACAUUAAUGAUUUUCUUACUGGGGACAAAACGAGAAAUAAGCGGAUCCAAAAUUUCGUACAGAUUUGCAGUGCAAACAUUUACAUCCGAACUAAGGAAGAAAUCAGUCCAGUCGUAGGAAUUAAGGUGUGUUAAUAAUUCGGUUGAGCGAGUUGAUCGGAAAUUGCGGAAAAAGUAAUACUGUGGGGACAAGGUUCUGUCAGCCUCGAAUUCCAAUGUUGAAACAACUAUUUCAUGGUCUGAGCCCCCGAGUGGGCCUAGGGAUGACAAUGACGAUGGCAAGCAGCCUCUACAGAAAAUUAGGUCAAGUAUACUUGAGCCUCGGGUGGGAAAACAGACAACUUGAUUCCACAUCCCAACAUCCACAGCCUUAAGAAAGUCUUCGAACCGUCUGGGGUCUGAAGGCGGAGACCAGCGGACUUCGGGAAGAUUAAAGUCACCCGCAACCAAUUGAUACUUAAAGCUUAAGUCGGCCACAGCAUGAAAUGCCUGUGAGAGUAAGCGAUCAAAAUUGUCGUUGGCGUUGGGAGGGCGAUAGACGCAGCCAACAAGUAAGGAGAACUUAUUUUUUAGUGCAACCUGGAGCCAGCAGCUGCCUUCUACCGCUGAAAAGUGCGAGAAGUCCAACGGCAAACAUGUAAGUGUUUGCUUAACGUAGACGCAGCUGCCCCCACCACGGCCAUCUUGGCGAUCAUUUUGAAUGCAAUUGUAGCCUAGAAGAGAGAGUUUGGAGUCAGCUACCGAGGCUGAUGCCCACGUCUCAGUUACUAAAACAAUAGCAGGACAAUGGACGAACACCUGAGUCUGAAGCAAAGGCAUCUUAUUAAGCAACGAUCUGGCAUUUAAAACAAAAAACUUGGAGGGAAAGGCUGUUAGUUUUUGAGGGAGGUGGGCUACAUCGUCCAUUUCUGGGCUGCCCACGGAGCAAGCGGUCCGGAUGCAACCAUCCGGUUCUGCAAAAAAUUUUGUGGCAUCAAAAAAUUCUGACGUGGAUAAAAAGGGGUAGGACUUGGGGGAGGGAAUGACGGGCAGGUGAACUGGUAACCAUUGUUAGCUAACUUAUAUUCAGUUGAAAAUCCGCGGGGUAGAUACUGCAACGUAUUUCGGGCGGAACGAAACUGAGGAUCGGAUGAGUUAACUGAUUCAGUAUGGACAUUAGCAUGAGGAAUACAGUGAUAAAACGGCCGUGGAGGAAACAAGUUAGGGAGUGGGGGACGCAUUGUUUUAAUUGGAGCAAGAGUUCUAUUAAACGGCGGGAAAAUUGGCAUAUUCGGCCUAACCGCCUUGAUAUGAGGGCUGGGGGGCAGUUAGGAGCACGAUAUGUUUUGAUUCGGGGUAUUUGAGGCACUGUUAGCCGAUUGUGGAGAAAAAGAUGUUAUAAUGGUGCUGGAUUUAUCGGGUGUCCGAGUGGCUGAGACAGCAAUUGGAUUUGCCUUCCACUAAGACACAUAAUUAGGCUUACUAGGGGUUGCUGGGGGAGUCGAUAGAGGCGUGUUUAUACCAGGCGUGAUGGUGUGUUUAAAGAGCUCAGCAUUAAAAGUAGUCGAACUCCCUACGGAAUUGACUAUGCCGUGACUUGCAGAUGCCGCAGGUGGUGUUGUAGAGGACAUAUUCAGACUGACAGUAGGUGUCAUUAUCUUGGUGUUGGUUUUUGCCGAUUUUAGUUUAUUCAGUCUUCGCUGCAGGGGUGUGAGGUCUGGCGAAACGGAGCAGCGCCAUUUACGACAGAAGUCUCAAGUCAUCUCCCUACUCGACAAGAUAAAAUCGACUUCUAUCAUGGGGAAAAGGGUAACUAGUAUCGGCGCAUUACGACUAAGCGAGCGAAGUCGCUUAGCUUGUGCGACACUGAAACGCAAGCCACAACUUUGCAGGAACAAAUGCGCUCCCUCCAUAGCAGAUAAGUGGCUCGGAAUGUUUCGCAGUACGAAAUAAUGCUUGCAUUUAAUUCUUUCCUCAGUUUCCGAACUUAGUACGCCAAUAAGUUUAAAAGUUUGUUCAAUUACUUUUCAGAAGUGCUGUUUAUGUCGCCAUAAAUCAACUGGUCGACUAUUUCGCCGGCUGGUGGCCUACUACGACUAGCAGAGGCGUAUUUUUGGACGACUGAAGUGUCAAGAGGUUCUACAUGUACUAAAGGGAUUUGUGAGUUAAUCAGAUCUGCAGACGGCCAAGAACAUACGCUGGCACCUGCUAUGUCUUCAGUCACGAUUUUAGCACCCAGAGACGGUGGGGAGGCCGCAAGCUUUCGCCUUUUAGCACGUGCUCCGCGGGGCAUUACAGACAAGAAAAGUUUUUGUUACAGAAGAAGGAUCAACACGUUGCCAACGUACGGAAAAGCGCACUAAAUAGCAAGUGCUACUGUUAUUUAACUGCGAAAACUAGAAAGAGGUAGUAGGAAAAGGAGUCACUACAAAGGUUUUUUUACAAAAUACGACUAUUUUGCCAGACUGUCAAACAAAACUGGAAAAACUUAUACCUUGUAUUGAAAGGCGACUUUUAAAAGGGACUCGAGUAAAAAAAAACAGGCAUUAAUUGCUUAAGAAUAUCCGGAUAAAUGCAAAGCUUCACUCAUCUUUGAAAUUGAGCUGCGCGCUUUGACCUUGUAGCGUGAAAAAAAAAACACCGGAACAUUGCACUAAAAACAAUCAAAUUUAUGAAAGAUUGCAUCAUUGAUAAAAAUAGAACGAGUAGUGAUAUUCUUUCUUUCCUCCCUUUAUCGUUUCUAUCGGCUGUAUAACCUGACACUAAAUAUCCCUUAAGGAGGUGAUAAUAACAUCCCUUUCUAUAAAACCCUACAUAUUAGUUGUACGUAAGUCUAUAUUAAAGUCAUAUUAAGCAUAUAUACAACAGAUAUAUAUAAACAUAUAUAUCAACGACUGGAAAGGGUACAGGCGAUGGCUACGAAGAUGGACAAGAAUCUUCAUCAUCUGCCUUACCAAACCAGGCUGACCGAACUAAAUCUGUUUCCUCUAAAUUACAGGCAACUGCACAGCGAUCUCAUUCAAACCUACAGGAUUGUCAUAGGUCGUAAGUAUGCCCUAGACUUUGAUGAAUUCUUCGAAUUGGCCGGGACUGACCGCCUGCGUGGUCAUCCCUUCAAGCUGCAGAGGAAGCUGGCCCAUUCGGACGUCUGACGGAACGCCUUCUCUCACAGGGUCAUUGGGGCAUGGAACGGACUCCUUGAUGUAGUGGUUCUUUCCGAAAGUAUCGAUUCCUUCAAAUGUAGACUAGAUCCUCAUUUGUUGAGGAACUACUGUACAUACAAUAACGAUUGUUUUAGCGGAGGCAGUUUGCGCCUGGCUCACACUUACCGCUAAUUUUUUAACUUUCCGCAUUUGCUGAUGUAAUUGAGGACUUUAUUUCUGUUUAUCGAUAUGAAUAGGGAACUCAAGGGCGAAAGCCUCAUUCCCUUAAUAAACUGACUUAAGUAUAUUAGAUCAUAGUAUACAGUCGACCACUACUCCUAUAAUGUCACAUUCACGAGAAUCAAUAUGAUACAUAAUUCAAUAUUAUUUUGACAGCUUUAAUUGUGACUUACCAUUGAAUGUUUCUCACUCCUGAUAUAUAUUCAUCUUUUCCAGCUCUUAGUCCAGACAGUUAUGGCAAGACGAAGGAAAUGUGCGACCACCCCUUUACAGCUAGUCAGAUAGACUGACGACCACCAACUAGAACACACCAAAAUUUACCCAACUGGAAAAUACUUUCAAGGACAUAUUAUUCAUGCCCACCCAGAAAUUACCAAACUGCACACUUCCAUUUUUGUGUUGUACAUAUCGUUCUUUCUUAAAACUUUUCUGAUUAUUUUUCCUUGGAACUCGGGUUUUUUAACUUAAAACAAAUUCUCAAUUCGCGCUCUAUUGGCUAAAGAGACACCCAAGAAAAAUACAGUCAAAGUGCAGUCGAAAUGGAUGAGUUUGUUUUAGGUUUUUUUCCUGUGUUGAAGAGAGACUGACAGUGCCCAAGAGGGCUAUAAUAAACCUAUUCUAUUCUAUUCUUAAUCGGCGGGCUUAACCAGGUGAGGGCAUCUGAGUGCGCAUCUCCGCACACAAUAAUCACGACCUCGCUGGCCGAAUGGGUCACCGCAACGGCACUGUCAUGACAAGGCUCCGUCUGGAACACCACAGGAGACCACAAGGUAAGUGAGCCCCGGGUAAGAGAACGUUGCUCUGUCGCCUUUGCUCUGCUUGUUUAUGUUGCCUCUUCUCUGUCUGUUUGUCCGUGUUUGUCCUUUUUCAAUGCAAUUGCCGCUCUGUUGGGUUUUUUGUGUUUCCUUGUUGUUUUCGCCUGAUUACUUUCGUCUGCUUGUUCUUGUCCGUCCUUACCGUAAGUUAAAUGCCGUUAUGAUGAAUAUGCCUGCUCCCCAUUCGUAUUUUACAAUCCAUUAAACCGGAAAGCGAUGCUUCUUGUCCCCCUGCCCUCGCCUACGCGUCGUCGUAGGCAGUCCCAGGUUAACUCGGGUCGCUGUCUCACUAAACCAAGUCGUGGCCCAUAGUGGAGUUCGGCAGCUGCCCGGGACAACUGAGCAGCCCUAUUUAGGGAUUUACUGCUCAUCCCCUUGGUAUCGACGAGCUAAAAAUGGCGCUCUAAACUAAUGCUGGGAACCACGCCGUCUGCAGGCUGACCUUGGCCGCAGACGCAAACCACACGGUCGAAACAAUCGAAGCAACACUAUCUCUCCCUCUCUUCCUCCUCCUACCCGCCGCCCCACUCGUCAGACUGGCAUUGUGAGUCCGUCCACCAUGGCAACCUGGAAUGACCGUUCCCAUUUAGACUAUUCGAGGAGCAGCCGACCGGAACGGAGGACGACUUUAGUGGCUCUGGAACUGGUACGUUACAAGGUGGACGUCGCUGCUGUCAGUGAGACCCGGUUUUUCGAACAAGGCCAGCUGAAGGAGGUUGGUGCUGGUUGCACCUUUUUCUGGAGUGUCUGCCUAAAGAGAGAGCGACGGGACGCGGGCGUCGCGUUGCCAUCCGGAACGACAUCGUGGGACAAUUUCCUUGUCUGCCUCCGGGCAUCAACGAAUGUCUGAUGAGUCUCCGCCCGCCUCUUCGAUGAGGCAAAUUCGCCACCAUCAUCAGCGACUAUGCCCCUCAAUGACCAGCCCCGACGUAAAAAGAGACAAAGUCUACGAGGAACUGCACGCCCUCCUGGCGACCGUGCCGAAGGCAGAUAAAGUCAAGUAUGCCUAAGUGGAAAUCUGUUGAAAUGGCUAGACGAUUUUUUUCGGGCAGAUCUCGGCGUGUGUGUAUCGGAAAACUAAAUCAGAAUGGACAUCUGUCCACAGUGGCGUUCCGCAGUGGAGAGUUCUGGGUCCAGUUCUGUUCUUCAUAUAUGCGAACGACUGCCUGAACUGCCUGAACUGCGAGCGCGUAAUUUUUUGCCGAUGAUCUCAAAUUGUGGAAAUCAAUAGAGAAGCUGGAUGAAUUACUACAGUUACAAAAUAAUCUGAAUCGUUGCAACAAUGGUGUAAUGAGUGGUGUCUUAAUCUUAACCUUAACAAAUGCCAACCUAUCUGAUUACGAUCUAGGAACAGGAGACCAUUGAGAUAUGAAUCUUACUACUUUGUAGGAGGUCACCAACUCGAAUCCGUCAACGAGUGAAGAGACCUCGGUGCGUGGGUGACGAAAACUCACAAACCGUCGUCUCACUACGCCAAGCUAUCAAAGAAAGCUGUGGAUAUCCUAGGCGCAAUUAGAAGACCCUUCCUCAAUUUUCAUGAAGAACUUUUCGGUCGAGUAUUUGGAGCACUUGUUCGACCAAUGUUGGAAUAUUGUGCUCAGGCAUGAUGUCCCUGGACGAAACAAGAUUACACCCUACUGGAGAACGUACAACGAACAGCGACCAAUCUAUUCGGCGGAUUAAGUAGCAUACCUUAUGAGAGACGCCUGGAAAUGCUAAAAACAUUUCCUCUCUCUUACAGACAACACAGAAGGUAUACGAUCGUGACCUUUAGGAUCGUCAGAGGGCUUCACUGUGCUCUUCAGUUUGAUAAUUUCUCCAGACAGGCGCGGACGACCAAUUUUCGAGGCCCCCAAUGCACAUUGAAGAUAAAAUAUGCCAAACUUGAAGUGCUGGAAAAAUUCUUCUCCCACCGGCUGGUUGAAGGAUGGAACAAAUUGCCGAACUCGGUUGUCUAAGCGGAAAAAGUUGAAAUCUUCAAAAAAAACUCGAUAAAUUUAUGCCUGUUGGUCAAACAGUUUCUCGAUAGCGAUAAAUGGCAUAAAGGUAAUGUAAAAAUCUGCAUGUUUUUUCCUACUUCUAUCUGUAAAUAUGGUUUUCUGAGGCUCUGCCUCUAUAUCUCAUAUAAACUGAAUUAUAUUGAAGUUGAUUGUCCUUGAUGAACUCAGCACCCGCGUCGGCGCAGACCAUACUGCCUGGAGAGGAGUGCUGGAUCCCCAUGGUCUUGGCGGCCCCAAUGACAACGGCCUGCUCCUUCGACGAACCUGCGGCGAACACCGGCUCAUCCUGACGAGCACCUUCUUUCGCUUCCCGAUGCAAAGAAUGGCCACCUGGAUCGAUCCCCGAUUGCGUCAGUGGUACCUGCUGGACUAUAUCUCCGUCCGGAGGCGCGAUCAGCAGGACAUGCUGGCGACAAAGGCGAUCGCGGGCGCUGACGGGGAGACCGACUAUCGCAUCGUCAUCUCGAAGAUGCGGAUUCGACCACGGCCUCGUAGGAGGCCUCAAGGUAGCGACACCUAG